UUGUAUAGAAUCACGAAGUAACCAAUGGUAACGAAGCACAGUUUAAGUGCAUCGAGAUCUGUCAACGAUAUUGAAAUAAUUUAAUUUCGUUGUAAUUGACGUGAUUCCGAUACAUAAUUUUAGCGAGAAUAAAAACCGAUGUGAUGGUCCUUUUCGUAUUGGAGCUAAUAUAUUUAGGACUUUUCAAUAUCAUACGUUCAUCACAACAUUACGCGUAAAUUUGAGGUUACACGUUUACUCCUACAGAGACUUUUAUUUUACCGUGAGCAUUAAAAAAACGAUUAAAAUGGGUCUGCUGACAGAUCCGAGAGCUGGAAACGGUGUAGUUAUCAAAUUUCUUAUGAAAUGGGAGCAACUGUUGUGUGCUACACUGUAUACCAACGGCAUAUUAUUGUUCAUGUCCUUGGCAUAUCCUCAAUUCAACGAUAAUACAUAUUUUUCUGAGAAUGCACUUCUACCUGGGUUGGUUACAAAUGGAUUCGAUGAAGAGUGUGCGGCAAAACGAUUUCACGAUGAGUUACUUGCUGAAAUGAAGGACUACCCUGAAGAAAUGCCUUAUCCGUGGAUACUAGCCAAAUUUCAUCAACUUAAUUUAGAUGUUUAUACUCAUAAUUUCACUCUCAAUAACCCACUCUCCAAUCAAAAGUUCACCGGACAAAAUAUUUACAGCAUAUUAAGGGCACCACGAAGUGCUAGUACAGAAGCCAUAAUUUUGAGCGUACCUUAUCGAUCCGCCAGUAGCAUUCAUCUUACCACAGCCCCAUCAAUAGCCCUGCUGCUCGCAUUUGCGAAAUUUUGCCGAAAACAAAAUUAUUGGGCAAAAGACAUAAUUUUCCUUGUAACGGAACAUGAACAGUUGGGUAUGCAGGCUUGGCUAGAAGCAUAUCACCGGUGUACUUGUGGGCAAGAAGGAGUGUUGAUUGCCGGUGAUUUGCCAGGCAGAGCUGGUUCCAUCCAAGCUGCCAUUAAUUUAGAAAUGCACUCUUUGAAAAUUGGUUCCAUCGAUGUAAAGGUGGAAGGUCUCAACGGUCAACUGCCAAACUUAGAUCUUGUUAAUCUUGCUAAUCGAAUGUGUGCCAAAGAAGGAAUCCGAAGAACAUUUCAACGCAGAAUAGAUAGCAACCCAAAGGAUCAAAGACAAAAAUGGUGGUACCAAUUUGUUACAAUGUUGUCGAUGGUAUCCACUCAGGCAACGGGUGUACCAACAGGAAAUCAUGGUGUAUUUCAUAGAUUUGGUAUUGAAGCUAUCACCUUGGAAGGAUUUGCGAAAACUGGCUCCGGGUCAGAAUUCAAUAUGUACAACAUGGGACGUGUUGUUGAAAGUCUAGUACGCUCUCUCAAUAAUUUAUUGGAACGUUUCCAUCAAUCGUUCUUUUUCUAUUUGCUUCCAUCAACAGACAAGUAUAUUUCAAUCGGACUAUACAUGCCACCAUUAGCUUCAAUUAUUGCUGGACUUUUCAUCAAGGCAUUCUCUGUCUGGCUGAAGUUACAAGAAAACCCAGAAACAAAAGACGAUGAUGGUGAUCAGAUUCAACAGGUCAAGACAGAAGAACUCGAGUUAACGAGUAUUGCUUGGGAAGUACUAUGGACUCAUAUUGUUGGUGUCGCCACAUUGUCUGCCCCACGUCUGUUUACGUACAUAGGCGUGAGAUUUCAGCUUCCUACUGAAGACUCAGUGUUCCUAGGCAUGACAUGUUUAACUACUCUAAUUUUUCUUGCAACACUUUGCUUUAAAAGGCAAAGAACUUACGAGACUGCAUCUCUUUUAUACGUAGUUGCAUUGAUCGAAUUAGCCACAAUGCUGUUAUGCAUCGCUAUGCAUAACUUUUCUCUAGCUCUGCUAGCAGCUAUCCUGUACGUUCCUGCAGCUUUGUCGGUAAUUCCAAGGAAAGGAAACGAAUCCAGAUUUCACAACUUACGCUGUAUACCCUGGGUACUGCUACACCCGUUUUGUCUAGCAUGUACAGUAGUAGCGGUAUACACGCGUCUCAUGUUUCCGGAUUACGCGUUCGUUGCUUUUGCACUCAAGUGGAUUCAAGCUUCAAAGCAAGCGAUUGUAUUUGCCAUUAUUGAUACUAUGAUAUAUGGGAAUUGGUUGUACAGUGUAACAGUCACUGUCUUACUUCCUACAUGGCUUAUAUUUUGGAUAGUUGUUACAUCGAGACCAACAUCGAAAGUGUAAAAAUAGAUGAUUUUAAUAGAAUUACGUAUCAUUGUCACAUGAGCGAUCUAGUUUGCGAUUAAGUUUCACAAUGCUUGAACAAUUUAAGAUUUGCCCAUCCUACGAAUAUUUUGAUGACCAGAAUUACUGUAAAUUUUGUUUAUCAUAUUUCACUUUCUGAUAGAAGUUGAUAACGUAUCGAAUCAUAAGUUGAGACGUGAUAACUCCGCUUUAAUCCUUCAAUUUUUCAUUGUCAUAAGGUUGAGUUCAUUUGGUACUCAAUGGCAUUGAUGAUAUUGAAAUCAGUCCACAUUCAAAAGAAAACUGAAGAUCUUGGAAAUUCACAUACGUUUAUAAUUUCAUCCGUACUACCACAUGUCAUAGAAUUUUUUUAGAAAACUUGUAUGUUUCACAUUCCGAAUAAAAAUCUUUCAAAAUCUA